CAGCCCUUUGCUAGCGCGAUAGUCUAUUUUCUUACUACUCUUAGUAUCUAUCUAGAGACUAGCUGUCUACGUAUAGCUACUAAGUUCUUACCUAUACUUAGCUCUCUCGUCUACUACGUACGGGCGUUAGUGAUAGAGUUCUUUCUACUAGUAGAUAAGUAG